GCAUAGACAUUGGGGAAACCACGUAUAUGUGUUUGAAUUGGAAUUGCGGUGCGUUCAGAGCUAUGAAAGCAAAGUCAAUGCUUAAAAAUGGUGAAUUUAAGUUUCCACAUGCAAGAGCGAAGCGUAUAACAGAAUGGGUUGGGUCACAGACACCGUUCACUCUUUCAAUUCGAUUCAACUCAGAGAAGUAUUCAACCAGAUCAUCGCUCUCGGUUUGAUUGUAUCAUCGGCGCUCGUCAUAUGGAAAGGGCUAAGCUGUGUUACCGGCAGCGAAUCGCCCGUCGUCGUUGUUAUUUCCGGAAGCAUGGAACCUGGUUUCCAACGAGGUGACAUUCUGUUUUUGCACAUGAGCAAGGAUCCCAUUCGUGCCGGAGACAUUGUGGUUUACAAUAUAGAUGGAAAAGACAUUCCAAUUGUUCACCGUGUAAUUGAGGUUCAUGAACGUAAAAAUUCUGAAGAAACUUAUAUCCUAACAAAAGGAGACAACAAUGAUGACGAUGACAGGGUUAUGUAUAAUUAUGGCCAGAAGUGGUUACAAAAACACCAUAUUAUAGGAAGAGCCGUAGGGUUCUUGCCUUAUGUUGGUUGGGCUACAAUAAUAAUGUCUGAUUUUCCUGUUCUCAAGUAUAUACUGCUAGGGACAUUGGGACUGCUAGUUUUAACAAUGAAGGAAUAAGGAUGCAAUUCUUGAUACAUGGCUUAAAUGGACAGAGAUAUUUUUUUAAGGACGAAGAGUGUAACAGAGUAUAACAUAAAUUAUAUAAGAAUAUCAUAAUCAUUUUUCUUUUUCAAAUAUAUACAUACCUCAAAGUUACAUAA